AUGUCACUAAAGAAUCGCAAAGACCGGCCGCUUGUUGUCUGGCUUGGCCGCCCGAGACAUGAUGGAGGAGAUAAUCUUUCAGCUUUUCGGAAUGACUUCGACAAUGCUAUUCUCGACGCUGAAAAUCGCAAUGAAGUAAAAGCAAAACUCCCAGCUCUUAUAGCAAAGCAUGGCUCUAUCGACGCUUUAGUUGUACCAAUGGGCACAAUGACGUAUGCACCUUUUGACCAAGAUCUUCUCAGUCCAUUAGCCGCCGGGUAUGGCAUUACCGCCUCGUUUAAGGCAGGAUACGAUGAGUUUGACGUUGAAUGGAUAACAAGACAGGGAAUAUGGCUAUGUAAUCCAACCGAAGCAGUGGUUGAGUCUACUUCCAACAUGGCUAUGUUCCUAAUUCUCGCUAUUGUACGCGAUACGUAUCGUGCACAGCAGACUAUCCGGAGCGGUUCUUGGCUCGAUCAUCUAUAUCCCACUCACCAUGUCACGGGUAUGAGGAUUGGCAUCAUUGGAAUGGGAAAAAUGGGAAAGCGAAUAGCGUCAAAGGCGAAAGCUUUCAACAUGCGCAUAAAAUAUUUCAAUCGCCGUCGAUUGAGCAAUCAGGAGGAGAUCCUGUACAGCGCCUCAUAUUGUGACUCUCUACAUGCUUUGCCAAGCACGUCGGAUGUUGUGUCGAUCAACUGCCCACUCAAUGGCGAUACUCGCAAUCUCAUUUCUACAGCCGAGUUUGCGACAAUGAGGCAUGGUACUUACUUAGUGAACACGGCACGCGGAGCCAUUGUCGAUGAAGAUGCGUUAAUCCAGGCUAUUGAUUGUGGCAAAAUUGCUCGAGCUGGGCUUGAUGUGUUUUGCAGCGAAUCUCGUAUCAACAGCUAUUUCCAAGAAAGCGAUAAGGUCAUAUGCCAGCCCCAUAUGAGAGGCCUUACUCAAGGAGCAUAUAAGCUUGCUGAGAUGGAAUGUCUGGAAAAUAUUCGAACCUACUUUAAAACUUGGAAGCCUAUCAAUCCGGUUAAUGAUCUUUCGGCUCUACUUUAG